GUUUCACAGAACCAAAUUAGCUGCACCAACGCGGCGGCGGACGACCUCGCAUGGGGGACAAUGUGCAAGUGGCGGUGCGCGUGCGGCCGUUCAACGACCGAGAGAAGUCCAUGAACAGUGUCUGCUGCAUCCGCAUGAUCAAGGAAACGCAACAGACCAUCAUCACAGACCCCGACACGGCCGUCGAAAAGUCCUUUACGUUCGACUUUAGCUACGACUCGUUCUCGCCCCCUGGAGACCCCAAGCAUGCGUCUCAGGACAUCGUGUGGGACGAUCUCGGGAUCAAGGUGUUGGAACAUGCAUGGACCGGAUUCAACGUGAGUCUGUUUGCGUACGGUCAGACAGGUGCGGGCAAGUCGUUUUCCAUGGUCGGGUACGGAUCCGACAAGGGGAUUAUUCCUCGCGCGUCCGAAGUGAUCUUUCAGCGCAUCGGUGGCGCCGCGUCCGACGGCACCAUCUUCAAGGUCGAAGCCAGCAUGAUGGAGAUCUACAAUGAAAAGGUCAAAGACUUGUUCAAUCCAUCCUCCGACAACCUCAAGGUGCGCGACCAUCCCAGCCAAGGCCCGUACGCUGACGGGCUCACGCGCAGCGCCGUGUCGUCUUAUGAUGAAAUCACCGCUCUCAUGGAUGCUGGUAUCAUGGCCCGCACAACUGCGUCGACCAACAUGAACGCCACAAGCUCUCGGGCCCACACGAUCUUCCAGAUCAUCCUCACGCAGUCGCAGGUGGACCCCACGACGGCCAAAAUGAUGGACAAAGUGAGCCGCAUCAACUUGAUCGACUUGGCAGGCAGCGAGCGCGCCGCCAGCACUGGGGCGACUGGCGCGAGGCUCAAGGAAGGCGCGGCCAUCAACCAGUCGCUGUCGGCGCUGGGCAACUGCAUCUCGGCGUUGGCCGACAACGCCAACGGCAAGAAGAAGACACUGGUGCCGUAUCGGAAUUCCAAACUGACCCACUUGCUCAAGGAUUCGCUGGGGGGAAAUGCCAAGACGAUUAUGAUUGCCGCGUUGAGUCCCGCCAGUGUCAACUUUCAAGAAACGCUGGGCACGUUGCGGUAUGCUGACCGCGCCAAGCAAAUCAAGAACCAAGCCGUGGUGAACGAAGACCCAAAUCAAAUGCUCAUUCGUCAAUUGAAAGAAGAACUGGAGCAGCUGCGUCGAGCGAUGAUCGAGAGCGGUGGCAUGGACCCAGGGGCAAGGCCUGGCUCCCGCAUGACGUCAAGAGAAGACGCUGCCCUCGCGAAUCGGCCAGAGACGCGCAUGCUGUCGAGGGAAGAGGCAGACGAACGGCGGCAAAAGGAGGCAGAAAUGGCUGCGAUUCGCGAGCAACUCGAAGAAAACCAGCGGCUGCUUCGAGAAAGCGAGAAAUCGUGGACGGAUCGGCUCAAGGAAACGGAAGAACUUGCUAAGAAACGCGAGGACCAACUCAAGUCCAUUGGGCUCUCCACAAACCUCCACGACAUUCGAGCCAAAGCCAAGACGGACCCGCACCUUCUCAACUUGAACGAAGACCAACAGAUGAGUGAAAAGCUAUUUUAUUUCUUCCAGAACGGUCCGAAUCGCAUUGGGCGGUCAGAUGCCGACCAGCCGCAGACCAUCAUCUUGGGCGGCCUCGGAAUUCUCAAGGAGCAUUGCGUUGUGGAGAGGCUAGAGGCGCAGCUGACGAUCACUGGCAUGCCGGGGGCAAGUGUCGUGGUGAACGGGGACUUUGUCCAGUGCGGCAACUCGCGGGUGCUGCAGCACAGCGACCGGCUCAUCCUUGGCAACGUCAAUGUCCUUCGAGUGGUGAUCCCAGCGCAGAGAGUAGACGACACGGCAAGUAUCCACGACUGGCAGUUUGCCAUGAAGGAAAUGAACUGCAAGCAAAUGGACUUUAAGGAAGACGACGGUGGGCAAACCGACAAGGAGGUGGCUGAGAUGGAGAGUCGUAUCCAGGAAAUGGAAGCCAGGAUGAAGGAAGCACAGGAAAGCGCUAAUGUCAAGAUGGACAAGCAGCGUGAGGAGUGGGAGGCGCAUGUGAGGGGGAUGCAGGAAGAGAUGAAGGUCAAGGAGAUGGAGCUCAAGAGCCAGCUGCAGCGGACCGAAGAGGGCGGCCAAGUGGACAAGAAGAAGCUCGCGGUGCAGCUAGCCGACCAAGAGACCAAGCUGGCCGAGGAGAUGGCCAAGGCCGAGGUCGUGUACGAGCGAAAGCAGUCGGAGCUGAUGCAGAAGCAACGCGAUUUGGAGCAGAGUUUGCAGCAGCAGAUGCGCGAAACCAAACGGUUGGCCGAGAAGAAGGAGCGCGAACAGCUCGAGCGGUCGCUGCUGGCGCAGGACCUGCUGCGGACGAUCCCCCUCGUGAAGGAAGCCAACUCGAUCUGCGAAGAACUGCAUAAACAAGUGACGUUUUCCGUCAAGCUCAUGCCGACCAAGCCCGUCCUGGCGCAGCUCGGACACGUGGCCGACAUCACCGACGCCAUCGGCACCGAGCUCAAGGUGCUCGUGACAUUUCAAGACGCUGGCACGUAUCGGUCAGUGCUGUGGGACAUCGACAAGUUUGACAACCAAAUCUAUGAGAUGCGCGACUUGUACCAGCUUUUUUUGGAAAACGGGCGCAACCACGACGCGAUCGAAGUCCCCGAAGGCAGCAUCGAUCCGUUCUACGAGCCCCCGACACCCCAAUUGAUUGGGCGCGCCUACGUGUUCCUUUCAAGCUUGGAAUUUGGACUCAAGAUUGUGGACCAUGUGCCCAUCUUGGACAACCGCGGCACUGUGUGCGGCACGCUCUCGUGCGAGAUCACGCCCACAGUGCUCUCCCAUCAAUGGCACGAUCAACAGCGCAGUCUGAUUGAAGACACUUCUGCGCCCAUCAUCGCAGUACCUACGUUGGCCACCUUUCUUGAUACACCGUUGCGACUGCACUUUGCAGUGUCAGCGUUGCGUGGCAUCCCCGGCAAGCUCUGUCGCGAUGUGUUUGUCGCGUUCAAGUACGAAAUAGGAAUAUAUCCAGUGGUUGGCUGGGGGGGAGGUUAUAAUUAUAUACUAUUCACUUUGCAUUACUUUGUGAUAUCCAGUGGCCGCCUGUGUGGUGCAGCAACAACGUUGAUCGUUUCCGUAGAUGGUUUCAGGACGACUCGACGAAUCACGUGUCGCAGGUGGCGGCGACGGCAUCGGUGGAUCCCGUCAUGGACUUUGCCGUGAGCGUGGAAUGCCCCAUCUCGGCCGCGCUGCUUGCGUACUUUCGGUCAAGUCCAGUCGAGUUUUCUGUGUUUGGGAACGUGCCGAGCAGUUCGCUCAAGACGUUGCCGCACGAGGUCGUGUCCCUGGACGACAAAGCAGCGACGACGACCACAACAACAGCGUCGUCGUCAUUGCACUCGAUGGAGUGGAUGCGGGACGCAUUGGCGGCGGCCGAGGCCAAGCUGCAAAUGCAGGAAACAUUGCUUGUGGACAACUCGGUCGAAGUGGAAUCGCUGCACGCAGAGCUGGACGCGGUGCGAGCGAUGCUGUUGAAGACACAGGUGGAGCGAGACCAACUGGGCGAGGUCGUGGCCAAAUUGCACAAGACAAACCGCAACCUAAAGGACAAACUCGAGGCGAGCUACAUCCACACUGAAUCCGACGACGCGUCGGUCGCAGUGCAGCACACGGGCACGCAAACGGAUGAGGAGCGUGGCGGCCCGCCCAGUCCGUCGAGCACGCCAAAGGCGUCCAAGAAGCACCGGACGAGAAAACGACCAGGUACGCACCGAUCGCAUGCGGAAAAGAUCGAAGACCGGCGAGACGACUCGGAGGCCAUGGAAGGCCGACAGGAGGAGGCGUUGCUGCUGGCGUCGCCGGAUGUAGCGCCGCCACUCGUGACCAAACCACCUCCAACUACGUACAACGUACCUCUCGACGUCGAUCAGCUUGCUACAACCGCCCUGAAUACCGUCGUGACCUUUCCAGACACCCUGCCCAUUGCCGCCAUGAACGACGCUAGCGAUGGGUCGACAGACGCCGGCAUGUUGGUCAAGAGCGACAAGGCCAAGACGUAUUCGUUUGCGCAACGCAGCACGCCCGCCAAAGUCCACAUCGCCGACCAACAUGAUGCGAUCGUGCGAUCGUCGCUGCCUCCCAUCAAGCCUGGCGCGAAACCGCCGCCACUCCAGUCGCAAAAGACAACCAAAGACAAGUGCGUCGUGUCGUAGGACCCCCUAUUUAUUGUCCGUACGUCGGCGUGCCACGUCAUAGCCUUGAACAUGACAAAAACACGCUUUGAGCUCGUCAUGUCUAUGUGGACGUCGCGCAAUUGGAUUUGUCAACGUGAGUCGCUUCCACCAAUCAGGGCUCCGAUAAAAGUUUAUUUAAAUACGAUGUCCAAUAUAUUAUUCAAGUCAUUUAAAA